CUGCUGGGGGCUGCCUUCUUUCCUCCUUCAAGGAUUAUACCCUGCAGAGAAUCCGUGGAGCUCCUUGGCUCAGCUGCCUCUCUCUUUCCGGCUGGGUUGGCAGCGCUGGGCCGUGCCCUCUCUGUAAACCACCGUCUCGUAAGCCUGACGGCAAUUGCUAGGUGUUGCACUGAGCAACAGCUUCCUGCUCUGCUUCUCUCUCUCUCUCUCUGUGUGUAAAUAUUUCAUAUGUCAGCAGUCCUUCUACUCUGGCCUAGUUUUUUGGCUGAGUGCCUCCCGUUUCCAGGUACGCUUUGCAUUCCUAGUUCGGAGGCUGGUGUUCCCAGGGGGCCACUCCCUCCAGCCAGCAGCCUUACAGCUGGGUGCCACCCACCUGCUCCUGUCGAGGAAGGAACUGGUGCUGAGCUGCUCCUCAAAGGCUCACCAGAGUCUGCCUCCUGCUCUGCCUGGGAGAGCUCCCUCAGUCUGAUCAGCAGCAGCAGCAGGACACCCCCCCCCCGGCCUGCACAACUGGGGACAGGACUCCCGGAGUGGAGCGUGCUUGGCUGGAAGCUCAGCCCAGUGCCCGAGUGGCAGGCUGCUGGAGGGAGGAGUCUCCAUUGAGGAGCAGGGCUCACCCCUGCCAGCCGGUUCCUUCAGCUGAGCUCCUGAGUAGCUGGAGAGAGAGAGAGAGGAGAGCUGAAGGUUUGGGGGCAGCAGCAAGCUGGGAGCGAGAACAGGAGGCAGGGACCCUCUGCGCUGCCUCUCCAGCGUCUCCGCUUGCCUUUCGAAGGAGGCUCAUGCAGCAACACGUGGAAGAGGUUGAGCAGCCGCGACAGGAUCUUGUUCCGAAACAGCUGCAAGAGCAGAACUGCCGGGGGCUCUGGAGACGUCUUGGGGUCGCUGGAAUCGAAGCAGAAUCUGUGGGUCAGUUUUGAGCUGUGCCCUGGGGGGGGUCACAGGCAGCUCUCACAGGUACUCCCAUGUGCCUCGGAACGGGUUGGCAGCCUGCAGAGACCUGCCUCCCUUUGCCCCCAGAUUCGGAGGUCUUCGUUUUGUCAGCAGAGGAGACAGCAGGCUGUGUGCUAUCUGGGUAAUGAGACUCCUAUCAGAGCCUGAGCGGCAGUAAUGACCAUCAGGUGUGCACCUGGAAACUAGUUUGCUGCACUCUGGACUGGAGAGGGACAGAGGCUGCCGUUUGGAAGCUGCCAGUACGACGGUUGAGGGAUUUGUGCUUUGCUUUUAUUCUCAAUGGGAUGAUCCGAACUGUACUUUGAUUGGCGCUAGCUGCAUUACUGAGGACGAAUCUUGGAACACGGCUCAGAAUGCCUCCCCCCAGGCUCCAGGUUUGGCCCCUGCCGCCUUAGCUGUUUAGGUGAUGAAAAUCUCUCUCAAGCAUCAUUAAGACCCCUUGACAGUGUCUUGCAAAAAGGGCUGUUCUUUCUUCCAGCUUUAGGAAUCCAGCACCCAGUUCACUAUGUGCUUUUGUUUUUAGAUAACUCGCAUGGAAACCCUGCUGGUGAGAGGCUCCCAACUUCUCAGCUUCAGGUUUUAAGGGCCACUUUGCCCAUCCGACAGGUGGGGCAGCCAUGGAGGACACUUUCCAUUUGCCAGCAGGGAUGCCACCGUCUUGGCAACUGGUCACAGCGCAGCAGUAAGAAGCGUUGCCUUUGGGCUGAGCUCUUUGGAAGCCUUUCUGGUGAUGCUUGAGGGGGGGCUCCUUAAAGCCCCCUCUGCCCCACCCCACGUGGAACUGUUCCAAAUGCUUCUGAGGCAUCCCUGACUGUGGAAGGCGAGUGAGUGACUUGCCACUGCUCAGCCAUGGCGGAGCAUUUGGAGCUGCUGGCCGAGAUGUCCGCGGUGGGCCGGAUGGGCACUCAGGAGCGGCUGAAGCACGCCCAGAAGCGCCGCACACAGCAGCUGAAGAAGUGGGCGCAGUUUGAGAAGGACGUGCAGGGCAAGAAGACCAAAGCGGAGAAGAGGAAGAAGGGGAGCAGCAAGGAGAGGCGGGUGCUGUUCCCCGAGAACAUCCGGCUGCUUGAGGCCGCCUGCCGCAAUGACGUGGAAGAAGUUCGCCAGUUCCUCCAGAGUGGCCUCAGCCCCAAUUUGUACAACGAAGAUGGCCUCACUGCCUUGCACCAGUGCUGCAUUGACGACUACAGGGACAUUGUGCAGCUGCUGCUGGAAGCCGGGGCCGACGUCAACGCCUGCGACAGUGAGCUCUGGACCCCCCUGCAUGCCGCCGCCACCUGCGGGCACCUGCACCUGGUGGAGCUGCUGAUUGACAAAGGCGCCAAUCUGCUGGCCGUCAACUCGGAUGGGAACAUGCCGUAUGACCUCUGCGAGGAUGAUGCCACGUUGGACUACCUUGAAACAGCCAUGGCCGACCAAGGUAUAACUCAGGACACCAUUGAGGAGGCCCGUUCCGCUGUGGAGCGUGCCAUGGUGGACGACAUCCGCCGGCUGGUGAAGGAAGGGGUGGACCUGAAUACGCCACUGGACCACAGCGCCACCCUGCUGCACAUCGCCUCUGCCAACGGCUACCUGGAGGCAGCCGAGCUUCUGCUGGAGCACAAAGCCAGCAUGAGCGCCAAGGACGACGACGGCUGGCAGCCCCUCCACGCGGCCGCUUGCUGGGGCCAGAUUCACCUGGUGGAGCUGUUGGUGGCUCAUGGAGCAGAUCUCAACAGCAAGUCGGUGUUGGAUGAGACCCCGCUUGACGUGUGUGCCGACGAGGAAGUGCGGGCCAAGCUCACAGAGCUGAAGCACAAGCACGACGCCAUCAUGAAGUCCCACGAGAAGCACAAGUCCCUGCUGCAGCGACGCACCUCCAGCGCCGGAAGCCGAGGGAAAGUGGUGAGGCGAGUGAGUGUGACAGAGCGCAGCAACCUCUACCGCAAGGAGCACGAGAAGGAGGCCAUCGUCUGGCAGCAGCAGGCCGAGCAGCGGGAGAGUGAAGGGGAGGACGAGGACAGGCAGACGGAUGCUGAGCUCCAGCCACAUGUCUUGGAUGCUGAGCCAGCGGUUGUGGAGCCGGGGGAGCAGGUGUCUGAGAGCAACGGCUCGGCCCACCCCAAGCACCUCUACUCCAAGCGCCUCGACCGCAGCGUCUCCUACCAGACGGCCACGCAGGACGAGUUGGCGGCCGGGCUCAGCAGGGAGAAGGCGCGGCACACCCUGGCCGACCUGAAGCGCCAGCGGGCUGCCGCCAAGCUGCAGAGGCCCCACGCGGAGGACUUUUCGCUGGGCCCCGGCGAGGCCCCGAUCCUGGACUCUGAGCACAACUCUGUGUAUUUCACGGCAGCCAGCGGCGACCCCCCGCUCCUCAAACUGACCGCCCCGGUGGAAGAGACUCCGGUGGAGAAGAAGCGCUGCUGUCGGCUGAUGUGAGCUCGGAGGGAGGCUCUCUUCAUCCUCCUCCUCCUCCUCCUCCUCGGCACUCUUUGAACCAGGCCUUGCGCUCCUCCUGGCUGCGCCUGGUGGGUGCCUGGCGCCUCUGGAGCUUGGGUGCAGCAGCCUUAAGCCAGCUGCUCCCCAAGGGCUCGUCUGCGGGAGAGGCAGCACCCUAGCGCGACGGAAAACCCGAGCUCCCUGUGGUCGCCCGUGCAGAAAUGUCACCUGCCAAAUCACAGUUCCCUGCGUGUUGGUCUCUGGAACGCUGCAAUGCAUGCCAGGAUGCGCAGUCCCAAGGGAAUGGCUUCUCUGUGUUGGAAGGAGGCAGCUGUCGGGCAGCCUGAGUGCUCUUGUCAGCUCCGAAGGGAGAGUCCCUGUGCUGCUCUCCUGGCAGAUCUUGGGGACGACGGACAAGGAGAUUCUGCUGCACCUGCGUCCAUUGCGCUGGCACCCAGGGCGCAAGUGGAGGCCAACGCCCCUGUCCUGGUGCUGCUCCAGCGGGUUGCUCUGCCCGUUGCACAGGGAAGCGGCGGCAGGUUGUGGCUGCUUCAGAAUUGCCUGGAGGAGGCCAUGUUUUCUGGGAAAGGGGGGCACAUGGAGUGAGGGGACCUGUGCGCCUCUGCAGGAUCCAGUUUGCUCGCAAUUAUGCUGAAUGUUCUCUGCAGAGUUUUCUGUGUCUCUGAAACGAGCUGAAGCGGGUGCGUUGGGUGUUACAAGGGAGCUGGGGAUUGUAUUUGAGCUGCACCACUUGCCAUCUCAGCGGGAAGGGGGGCAGGAGGGUGGAGGCGCACCAACCCUUCCCUCCAGACCCUCCCCAUGUGUCCCUCCCUGUGUGCGGGGCGCCCCUUUCCCGCUCUGUCAGGCACCCCCACCAUGCCCCUCUCCUCUUCCUCAGAGCCGAUCUGUUGCAGAGAAGAAGUGCAUUCUGGGAAGCCGUAGUUGGGAAAAUGGAUUUCUCCUUGGGCAAAGCGGCCCUCAGGGGGCUCAGCUGCUGGAGAGUGUGGCCAUUCCUGAGACUGGGGCAGUUGAGGGGGCACCUGUGCCUUGGCAGAUGCGAGGAAGAUAAGGGAA